AUGCUUGGCCGGCAAGUAUGGAAACUCUAUCGUUUAAAGACUCAGCCUCUAACUAGAUUCUUUUCUGAUGACAAACCUCCUAAAGGCUUUGAAAAAUACUAUAAAAAGCGUGAUCAAAAGAAAUCUUCCCAAACCCAAGAAAAACCAAAAGAAGAAGAAUCUAAAGAAGAGCACAAAGAGCCUCCCCAUGAAGAAAAGAAAACAGAGAACCGCUGGCAGAAUUUUUUCAAUGAUUUCGACUUUCAACACCACUGAAAAAGGUUCAAAAACAUUGACCCUAAAGACUAUCGAAGCACCAUUCUUCUAUUUUCAUGUCUUGGAAUCGGGUACACAACAUAUAAAAUUGCAAGUUAUGAGCCAAUUCCUACAAUCCCAUAUCAAGAAUUUGUCCAAAAAUAUCUCCUUACUGACUCAAUUAAAAAAAUAUCUCUAGAAGUCCAUAAAGUCACAAAAGAACACGAAAAUCCUUUACAUAGAGCUUGGAUUAUAGACAAAGAUGACAAAACAGUCGCAUUAAUCAAGGUCCCAGACCUCGCUGCGUUCAAAUUUGCUUUAGAAGAAGCUCAAUUUAAUAAUGGAAAGCCUAAAAAAGAUUUUAUUCCAGUAGAAUAUAAAGACAUUGAGUCUCAUGCCCCAAAACUCCUGCUUUUACUUGAUCUAUUUUUUGCUGUCUCUAUGAUUGCAAUGCUUUUUUCAUUGAAUUCAGUAUCAAAAAUCAAUAAAAAAGGCGGAUUUAAGGAUGGAGGCUUUAUGGACAUGUUUAGCCCUUCUAAAGGAAACUUUAAAGUAUAUGGCGUUGAUAGUAAAAAAAUUGACGUAAGAUUUAAAGACGUAGCUGGUCUUCAUGAGGCUAAAAAAGAAAUCAUGGAAUUUGUCGAAUUUUUAAAAAAUCCACAAAAAUUCAAAAAAUUGGGAGCAAGAAUACCAAGAGGCGCUCUGCUAUGUGGCCCACCUGGGACUGGGAAAACAUUAUUAGCCAAAGCUGCAGCAGGAGAAGCAGGGGUGCCAUUUUUCUCAAUUUCAGGCUCAGAUUUUGUCGAAAUGUUUGUAGGAGUCGGUGCAUCUAGAGUUCGCCAGCUCUUUAAAGCUGCCCGAGACAAAGCUCCAGCGAUUAUUUUUAUUGAUGAAAUCGAUGCAGUUGGCAGAAAACGCCACACAAGUAUAGGUAGAAAUGACGAAAAAGACAACACUCUCAACCAGUUACUAGUAGAAAUGGACGGUUUUACCACAGAUACACAUGUAGUUGUGAUGGCAGGGACAAACAGAAAAGAUAUAUUAGACAAUGCUUUAUUAAGACCAGGUAGAUUUGAUAGGACAAUUGAUCUUACAUUGCCAGAUAUUGAAGAAAGAGAACAAAUUUUAAAGGUCCAUCUUGCCCCACUUACACUUAACCCAGAAAUGCCGCUAGAAGCCUACGCUAAAAGAGUAGCUGCUUUAUCUCCUGGGUUCAGUGGAGCAGAUUUAGCGAAUUUGUGCAAUGAAGCUGCUAUUCUUGCAGCAAGAAAAGAUAAAGAGUCAGUUGACAAAGCUGACUUUGAGAAUGCGUCUGAAAGAAUUUUGGGAGGUUUAGAAGUAACCACAAAAUUGUCAAAAAAUGAAAAAAAUAUUGUGGCGCAUCAUGAAGCUGGACAUGCUGUUGCUGGGUGGUUUUUAGAAGGUGCUGAUCCUGUGUUGAAGGUUAGUAUUUUGCCGAGGUCAAAAGGAGCUUUAGGAUUUGCGCAGCUAUUGCCUGGUGAGAAUAGCCUUUAUAAAAAGAAAGAACUGCUGGAUAAGAUGGCUACAAUAUUAGGAGGGAGGGUAGCUGAAGAAAUGUUUUUUGGGAAAGUUACGACUGGAGCGCAGAAUGAUUUGCAAAUGGCUACACGUAUAGCGCAGGAAAUUGUGAGUGAAUAUGGGAUGAAUGAGAGAUUGGGGGUAAUUGGAUAUGCUUUUUCCUUUGGACUGGUCUUAUGAAAUUUUUGAAAGGGUAAAAAUGAAAACUAAGGAUAAGUACUAUAUAUAAAUAAUUACAAUGAAUAUUAAUUUUUUAAGAGUAAAGAAUUAAUAAAUAUAUUUAUUUGAAUAGGAAUAACACAGAAAAAGAAGAAUUUCUUAAGCCUUAUAGUGAAGACACCAAUGCUAUCAUUGAUGAAGAAGUAAGAAAACUUGUAGAGAGCUGCUUAUCCCUUGCCAAUGAAGAUAUUUCUGUUUCUUGUUAAUCGCUGUAACCUAUAAAAAAAAUUAAUUUAAAUUUUGAGGAUUGAAAAAAAGCUUUUAGAUUAAGCAAUAAAGAAUGGAAUAAUAUAUUUUUUUUAUAUUCUAUUUUUAAUAAUAAAAUUUUUAAAAACACAAAAUCGGACUAUUAGAGAGCUUCUGCAAACUUUGCAUGGAGUGAGCUAGUAAAGGCUAGAGAGUUAUUAUCAGACAAAAGGGAUUUAAUAGAAAAAUUAGCACAAGCAUUGCUCAGCAAAGAAAGAGUUGUCCAUAAAGACUUAAUUGAAAUUUUAGGCCCAAGGCCAUUUGAUGUAUCAGGAGAAUAUAAAAGAUACUUAAUCCCUCCCCUCCUUUAGCGAAAAAAAAUUGUCGCUCAGGUUAAUUUUUUUUUCGAAAUUUAAAAUAUAUUCUAUCCAAUAAAAAGCAAAAAUUUAUUUAAUUGCAAAAGUUAUGGUUAAAAUGCAAGCUUUUUAAAAUUCAACAGAAUUAGCUAGAGAUUUAUUACACUAUUAUCACUUAAAUAUGAAAAAAUAUUUUUCAUGGUAAAAAUAAUUAUUUUGUUUGUUUACGAAGAGAGGUUUUUUAUCCAAAAAAUAGUUUAUUUUUCAAUGGAUUCAUUUUCUCACAAGGGGAGAGCUAGAAGAAGAAGUUACAGAAAAAGAACCAGCUAGCGCAUAA